AAUCAUGCUUUGAGAUGUGAUGCACACAGAGACAAAAUGGAUCGACAAUUUUGUGGUUUGAAUUUUCGAUUGAAAAUGGGUAAACGGCGACAUUUGAAUAAGUUCAUCAGUAAAUGGAUCAAGAGUGACCUGCCGGAAGAUCGCUCAACGGUGCUGCUGCUCGGCGUCACCAGGAUUCCGACCUCUCCGUUGCCGGCUCGUCGUCCCUGUACCCUCCCUCUCGACCCGAAUCUAACCCUUUCGUCCACCCCUUCCGUCGAGAGCAAUUCCCAAAAAUCGUCGACUGCACAGUCACGUCGGACGUCGUUUUCGACGAGGCGACGACAGACGAAGAGUUCGUCGAUCAAACGACGGCCCGAAAAGAGCGACGAUUCGACGGGAAAAUGCUCCUCGUCCUCAUGGGAGAAUCCCAACGACGACGACGAACUCACGUCGCCGUCUUCUAAUUGCGUUUCGGGUAAUGAAAACGCUUUUACCGAAACGGUGAUGGACCGAUCCGUGGACUCCAUCGGGACUUGCUCUCUCGACGUUGAAGCGUCCGCUGAUCUUUCAGACUGGUCUGAAGCUUCUUCCGGUGGCACCCUCCGAAGCGCUAGCAUCAAGACCCCCACGACUGAGCCUCAUUUACCCUCUUAUCUCAGUUUGGCCUGCACUGUUAACGGCUACUCCACCACAACCAACUACGACCCGGUGCGCCUUGCCCGAUCUCGAGACACUUCCCCCCAUCGUCUCGAUAAUGACAAUUUGACACCAAAAAACUUACCAACUUAUUCCAUCCAGAACAAUCUCCUAUCGCCCCCAAAUCUUGUCCCUUUACCCACCCACAUCAAACCCAAAAUGGCCGACCAUACGCUCACCCACCACUACCAGUCGACCAAAACCAUGACGUUCCAAAAACACACCGAAUCUCAUCAUUUCGCCUCGAAAGUUUACACUAAGGAUACCAUCGAUGCCUGCUAUGACCACAAGAAUCUCACAAACAAAUGCUUGAAUUACGACACGAAAAAUUACUCCUCGAAGAUGAACGGACAGAGCAAAACGACUGUCAAGGAAUUUGCUUCAAACACCGAAACGAAAUCGUUUAUUGAACAAAGAGUGGAGAGACUAUACGGACCUGGGGCUUUGGCACAGGGAUUUUUCGUGUCGAAGAGGCAGAAGUAUGGCGAUUCGGAAUCGGAGAAUGAGAAUUUAUUUGGGGAACAAAACGGAACGGAAUCGCCGAUGAAACAGAGUAAUAGUAGUCCGGCUCUACCCGUUUUGAGACACUUAAGGCCUGAGUUUCGAGCACAAUUGCCCAUUUUGAGUCCAAGGAAAGGGGUCGAGAAUUCAAUGCAAAAGAGUAGCACUGUGCCCACGUUGAAAGAUGAGGUCAAAGUUAACGGGCAUAGUAAACAGAUUGCGGCUAGUGAAGGGGAUAACGUUGCCAAGAUGACCAUUAAGGAAGAAACAGGUGAAAAGGACGGUCAUUACUUCUUGAAAAUCCUGCAGAACGAGACGAACCGACUUCUGCAAUCGGCUGACAAAGUGGACAGCGAAUUAUCUAAUAAUGAAUUGUCGGAGGAAAUCGUCGGGAAAAUUCAUUCAGCGUCGGGUAAAGCCAGACUUCUAGUAUCGCAAAAAAUGCAACAAUUCAAAGGAUUAUGUACGAAUAACAUCACACAGAGCGAAAAUGAAGCUUUCCCUACCACGAAUGAAGAUCUGCAAGGCUUUUGGGACAUGGUAAUGCUUCAAGUCGACCAAGUGGAUGCUCUAUUUAAAGAAAUCGAAACGCUGAAAGCCAACAAUUGGCAAGAGGUGAAACCAGAACCAGUGAACGUGACGAAUGGCAAAGCGAAGAAAGUAGUGAAUAGAGUGAAACCAAUGUCGGCAGCGAGCGAAGAAGCCCGGAAGAAGCGUGAAGCACAGAGGAAGCAUAUGAUUGAAGAAAGAAGGAAGGCGAUGAAAGCCCAAAAACCACUAGAAAGUAUUGAAAUAUUUGUGCCUGAAUCUAGCUGAAAUUUAUCAAAUUUUUAGAAGUCAUAUAAAAUAUUUAUACCUAUUGACUCCAAUAAUAUUUUGUGAAACUCCUUUUAAGAUCAGGUGGUAAAUGUAUAAAUAUUGUUUUUGAUGGUGUUUUUGAAAUUUUUGUUGUAUCGUGUAGUUUGACCUGCACUGAAUAAUUCAUGUCAAGACUGAGUUUGAAAUUUUUUAUCAGUAAUACUAAAAAAAUAACCAAAUAACUAGGUACCCCACUGGUACAUUCCCAGUGCUUUUACAAAACAGGUGUAAUUUUUUAUGUAAUUUUACCAUUUUGCAUGUCUCAUUUGUUGUGUAAUAUUAUAUUGUUAAAUUUUUUACUACAGUUGGGUUCCUUCCUCUUAAUUUUAAAAAUGAAGUCACUCUAAAUAUUUAUAAUUUGCAAAAUCAAAUAAGUAAGAUAAGAUGUACCAUUUAUUAUAUUCAA